GGUCCCUGAAAACAUCAUGCGUACAGAUGCCUGCUGGUUGCCAUGGUGAAUGAUGCUGAUCUGAAGAAAUGAAUAAUGUGAGCGUUGGGGGCGACAGUGGGAUUACUCAGGCAGUGGUGAGAGAGACAUCAAGGGGAGCCCACAGUGGAGGAGGGAGAAGGCACCAUCCUUUCUCCUUUGGCCCACUCCACCACAGAGGGCAGAAGCUCUAACCAGACAGACUGCGAACAUCAGAAUCGGGAUGAACAUCGAGGUUGGGAAUGUUUCUUAUACGGGCGCCAUCAUCUCCUGGUCGUCCUCGGAGCCCUGCCUGGAGGACUAUUACCAUAUUAUGUACAGGCCCAAUUGGAACAGCAUCUUCUCUGGCUAUCUUCGCUACAGCUUCCACCACGAGGAGAAGGUGCCUCGCACGAUCAGCUCGGUGGUGCUGGAACAUCUCGCGCCUUCCACCCUCUACUUCCUGUGCAUCAGCUGUAAGAAGGCUGCCUUCCCCUACAGGCACUACUGCACCAUGUUCCACACCCUGGAUAAGAGCCCGCUGGCUGCUGGAAGCUCCUUGGUGGACCCUCAAAUCUCCCUUUGGGUGCUGAUGGCCAUUCUGCUGGCCUGUUUCACAGCUGUCUUAGCCUUCAUCUGUCUCCAGUUCUGGUGCAUCCGCUGCCAUGAGCCUAGAUGGUCUUACAGAGCAGGCCACAUGGAAGAAGCCAAUGGGUUGGUGAGAUGGCCAGAGGAGGUUCCCGCUCUUGGUCAGAGAGAGGAAGACCUUCAGGGGCUACCCCUAGUGGAAGUGCCACGCAAGGAUUCUGGAGCUAGAGCUGAACCAGAAGCUGAAGGCAACCAGGAUGCCCCGGAUGUGGAUGUCUUACACAGAGAGGGUGGUGAUCAACCUGCCAUGCGGCCUAAUUACAGAGAGUGAGGGGUGGGGAGGAAACAGCCCGCAUUAGGUAGCCUAGAGCUUGCCACACAGUAGGUCUUCUGUAAAAAUGUGUCUAUAGACUACCCAUUUCUCUCUCCCAACUUCAAGUCCUAUUGUGGAUCACCUGGUCUCGAUGAAUGCCCAAUGACAAAGUUUCCCGUGCUAGAAAGCCUAUAUCCCCAGGGUGUAUCAAAGGAUGAACACAACAUUUCUUCAGCAGUGCCCAUCAGGAAGCCCAGUUAAGAACUGAAAGCCUUCUUUCAAAACUAAACAAGCAUGCAUAUAUUCUAGAGUAGAAUGUAAAAUCUGCAUGACUUAUAUAAAACACAAUACUUUAAGGAAAUUUUGAGUUGCAGGUGGGCUCUCUGAGCUGUGUUUUCAGUAGGCUGAGGUAGAUGUCCAGUCUCCUCUGCAAUAGAGGGGUUAUUUUGGAAAAGCAUAAGAAGUCUUGCUCUAGAGCAUUUUCCAAUUUUUAGGCAAUCCUACAAUACCUUAUACCCCGUAUUCAUUUUUUUUUUAAAACUAUGGACUAGCUUCACUAUUAGCCAUAAUACUUUCCUUUAAAUUGACCCAUUUUUAAACCUAUUUUAAUGAAACAGCAUUAUAUUUAUUUAUUUCCCUCAUACAUUGAAAACCCUACACCCUUCUGGUAUGCAUAGGAGGGAAAAUAUGUAAGAACAAUAUAAUGAAAGUGGAACCGGCAGGUGGCAUGGUGGUUAAGGGCACUAGAC